AUGCAUGAGAUCCUCCUGUUCGCCUCCGUCCCUGCGGCCCAGCAUGACGACCUGCUGCACCAGCUCGCUGGGCUGGCCGCCAUGCAGCCGACGGAGGUGCUGGAGCGCCGCCUGCUCUUCAAGUCCUUCCGCAAGCCGGGCUACAUCAAGCCGCGAGUCGGCGGCAGCCAGGCUCAGGGCCAGGAGGCGGUCUUCAGCGACGUCCAGCGGUUGAUCAAGAUGCUGGGCUCUGGCAUGUACCAUAUCCAGGUCGUGAGCGAUGUCGACAAGGCCGCCAGCAGCGCUGACGGUGGCGCGAUGGGCGUCGCGGAGGACCAGGCAGAGUGGAGGAUCGAGUUCAAGGACGUCCCUGAUGCCGGAGCUGCCACUGGAGUAACCACGCGGUUUGCGGCCUCUGCGCGGGUACCCGACUACUACAUCUCGUCCCUGAACGAAUGGGGGUUCAACUAUUGCUCUGAAUAUGUCGUGGAAGGCAACAUCCUCGUUCUCGAUGAAGCAGUACUAUUCCUCCACCGUAUACUCGUCAUUCCUCCCGAGAUACACAAGCCAUCACAUGCUGGAAAGCCUCUCUCCCGUCUGCCCCCAUACGACCAGCUAAAACCCCUCGAUUCCAAUGGAGGGUAUGUCCUGCAGGCGUGUUUUACAAUACAAGACAGCAACAGCCCCGACUUGCUCAGGUCGACCUCCCAACGCAUGCUGGCGCUGAAGGAGCAGCUGCGGCCAGCCAUAAGACUCGAGCCGGGGGACAGGCUGGCUCUUGAUCCCAGAGUGAAAGCAGGCACUCUCUAG